AUGGCGACGGGCGUCAACGAGGCUGAGCAGACGGGUGACUCGCCGCCGUACGCAACGACGUCGAUUGUGCCCGAAAUCCUCUACAUCAAGCGCUUCGCCUCGCAGCAUUCGGGCAAUCUCGUGCCCCCGCCGAUCGAGCAGCGCCGCAGCAGCAACGUGGCUCUAUCCGAAGCGGCCUCGCUCCCCGGUGGCAGCGGCAGCGGCAGCGGUGGUGGUCUGGACUCAUACCAGGCCCCGGACGACUCUACUCGUGCGCCUUCGCCUGGCCUCGACGGUCUGGACGCCGGCGACCUCGGCCGCCCGACGCCAGCCUACUCGACCAUCAGACUACCUCCGGCACCGCAACGUAUGGACCUCCGCCACGUCUCGCGCCUGCCGACCCUCGAGUCUGAGACUCUCGGCAUCGCCUUUGACGCCACGGCCCGCGUGCCCCGCGUGGCCGUGACAACGUACCACCAUCGCGUGCGCUUCUUCCACAUGAAGGUGCCCGAGGGGCGGGAACAGAUGGCGGGCCGGUUCAACCUCAACGGCACGUCCAUGUGCCUCUCGCCCGCGGGACCCUUGAUGGCCGUGGUGCAGGAGCACCUGGACAGUCUGUCGACAUCGGCGUACGAGCGCCUGGAGCUGUCCAGACGGCAGGCGGGCUCGCGGGAAACGCUGCAUGACGGCCGCACGUUCCUGGACCCAGAAGUCGUCGUCUUUGACUAUGCAAAGCAGACGUAUCUCACGAAGCACCUACGCUGGCCCGGCGCCAGACCCUUUGCCUUCUCGCCGAGCGGGGCGCUGCUUGCCGUCCGGGGCGUCCUGGGACGCGUCGAGGUCUGGGACGUCGCCGGCGGAGGCAAGGGGGUCGGUGUCGUGCGGAGUCACACUGAGGAUGUGUUCGAGGCGCGGUUCACGGCCGAAGGCGACCGUCUCGUGACCAUGAGCAGGGACGGGACGCUGCGGGUGACGAGCACCACUACGUGGCGGGGGACAGCCAAGCUCGAGGUGGCCGAGUGGAAAAAUCCAGUGUUUCUCGCCGUGUCAGUAACUGGCUCCGUCGUCACCUCGGUCUGGGGUCGGAAAGUGUACUUGUGGGAUCCGGAUACGGGGGCCCUCGACAAUUGGUCUCUUGAUGGGCCUGGGGGCGAGGGGUGGCCGCUGGCGGCGAGUCCCGAUCUGAGGUUCCUGUGCUGCCGGACAGAGAAUGGCGCUGAUGUCAGGGACAUGGCGACGGGGAGAGUGCUGUGCAGGAUGGGUUUCGGGCAGGGCUUUGCGAGCUCGGCGGCGUUCAGCUUGGACAGCAAAUAUCUGACAGUUGGCCGGGCCGUUGGUGGACAUCAUGUGAGAGAGGCCCUGGGCAGGGUAGACUUUUGGGAAAUCAUCGAGUAG